AUGUCGAUGAAGCCGCAGCUGGGCAACGACACGGACUCGACCCAGCAUGAGGACGACUGGUUCAAUGCCAAUGCAGCCAAGAAGGACAUUCAGCACUUCGUGAAAAGCUUCAGAGGCAAGAGGACGCUUGACCUCCUCGACCUCUUCGGCGCCAGCGGCAGCGUGUCUGCCAUCUUCAAGAACAAGGGCCAGAAGAACUGUGCCGUGUAUGAUUUGAAGAUCAACGGCGCUACAGACGACAUUUGUGCCGAGGAAGGGUUCUACAACUUGUUGACGCUCGCCUGCCGGAUGAAGUCGGGAGGGCUGGUGAUGGGGGGCCCCCCCUGCAGCCUGUUCGUCUUCAUGAGCAGCAGCAUCCACCGGCGGAGUCUUGACAACCCGUGGGGCAACACGAAGUAUGCUAGCGUCCGCCUGGCGAACCGGAUCGUGUCCAACAUGGCCGUCGUUCUUGAUGUCUUGAUGCAACGCGACGUUCACAUCGUCAUUGAACAGCCGAGUGGCAGUGCUAUGUUCCGCCUGCCUCCGCUCGCGGCAGUCGUCGCAAAGCCAGGGUGGGCCCGAGUUUUCACAUACAUGGGCGCUUUUGAGCACGACAUGCUCAAGCCAACGAUCCUCAUGGGGACGCUUCCCACGCUGCAUCGCAUGAAGCGGCGCCGCCCAGACCCGCAGAAGUUCCGGAAGAUCAAGUCGACCUUCUACGUGAACGGCAAAGUCGGCAAGAAGAAGACCUUGACCGGUAGGAAGGCUUUGCAGGGCUCUGCGGCCUACACCAAGUGCUUCUGCCGGGACCUUCACAAGACAUGGGUCGAGGCGGUCGAGGGAAGGUGA